AUGCUGCGGUUCCUGCGCCGGACCUUUGGCCGCCGCUCCAUGCAGCGCUACGCGCGGGGCGCGGCGGGGCGUGGGGCCGCCGGGCUGGGGGACGAGCGCGACGGGGGGCCGCGGGGGGGCCCGGCCGCCGCCUCCUCGGCGCUGCCCGCCGCUCCCGGGGGCAGCGUGUUCCCCGCGGGCGGCGGGCCCCUGCUUACGGGUGGCGCGGCCGUGCACAUCUCCGCCGCCGGCGCCGCCAAGGCCACCCUCUACUGCCGCGUCUUCCUGCUCGACGGGACCGAAGUGAGCGUGGACCUGCAGAAACAUGCCAAAGGCCAGGAUUUGUUUGAUCAGAUUGUGUACCACUUGGACCUUGUGGAAACAGAUUACUUUGGCCUCCAGUUCCUUGACUCUGCCCAGGUCGCGCACUGGCUGGAUCAUUCCAAACCCAUAAAAAAGCAGAUGAAAAUUGGACCUGCUUAUGCUUUGCACUUUCGAGUUAAAUACUAUUCUUCAGAACCAAACAACCUUCGUGAGGAGUUUACAAGGUACCUGUUUGUUUUACAACUCAGGCAUGACAUUCUUUCUGGAAAAUUGAAAUGCCCUUAUGAAACAGCUGUGGAGUUAGCUGCUCUCUGUCUACAAGUGGAGCUUGGGGAGUGUGAGCUUCCAGAGCACACACCGGAGCUCGUGUCUGAGUUUCGGUUCAUUCCAAAUCAGACAGAAGCGAUGGAAUUUGAUAUCUUCCAGAGAUGGAAAGAGUGCAGGGGAAAGAGCCCUGCCCAGGCGGAACUCUCCUAUCUGAAUAAAGCGAAGUGGCUGGAAAUGUAUGGGGUAGACAUGCACAUUGUCAGGGGAAGAGAUGGCUGUGAAUAUUCUCUUGGACUGACCCCGACAGGCAUAUUAAUCUUUGAUGGAGCUAACAAAAUAGGCUUAUUCUUUUGGCCUAAAAUUACCAAAAUGGAUUUUAAAAAGAGCAAAUUGACACUUGUGGUUGUCGAGGAUGAUGAUCAGGGACGUGAGCAAGAGCACACAUUUGUGUUCCGGUUAGACAGUGCCAGGACCUGCAAACACCUCUGGAAGUGUGCGGUUGAACACCACGCGUUCUUCCGACUGCGGACACCGGGAAACAGCAAAUCCAAUAGAUCCGACUUUAUCGGGCUGGGCUCUCGCUUCAGAUUCAGUGGGUGGACAGAAUAUCAAGCGACACAUGGCUCCAGGUUACGAAGAACCAGCACGUUUGAGAGGAAGCCUAGUAAACGUUAUCCAUCCCGGAGGCAUUCAACGUUCAAAGCAAGCAACCCGGUGACAGCAGCCCAACUCUGCUCUAAAACAAAUCCAGAAGUCCAUAAUUAUCAGCCUCAGUAUCAUCCUAAUAUCCACCCCAGUCAGCCCCGGUGGCAUCCUCACUCUCCAAAUGUCAGGCCAUCCUUUCAGGAUGACAGGUCGCAUUGGAAA